UAUGAUGGACAAUAUUACUUUAUUUACAAAAGAAUAUUGAAUAAUUACAAAUAAAAAUAAUUUGACUUUGAGUACAACAUCAAAUGAAUGUCCAUAUAAACUUAGAAUAUUAUUCUAAUAAAUCUUAUCUAAGAAGAAAUCACAAAUAAUCAGCCACUUGUAUGGCAGAGUGAAAGUACUUGCCCUGAGGUCACGUUAGGUCAGGAAAGGGAAGAACCCAGCAAGGUCACAGACGAAGGGAGGUCAACCUGUCGGAGCUCUUAGUUCUUCUGGAGCCGAGGUCAUCUGAGGUGACGAGGAGCAGCGUAACUAUGAACAGGAUACUUUUACUAGCGUGUGUGCUGGUGUUGAGUGCAGGAAGGGCGUCCGGCCAAGGGCGGUUCCUGGAGAGGCCCGUAGCUAGCCUCUGUACCUCGCGUCCAAGCCACGACCUCCUCGACGGCCACAGGUACUUCUACUCCUGGCUCGAUCCUUCCAACUCCAACACCUUCCUGGACUGGGUCGACGCGAGGAACUGGUGCCGGAGGAAGUGCAUGGAUCUUGUGGCUUUCGAAGACGUCAGGGAGUACCAGAUGGUGUCCAGGAGGAUGCUGGCGAGCGACAACAAAUUCUACUGGACUUCGGGACGUCGCUGUGACUUCGACGACACUUGCCUCCGCCACGACCUGCAGCCCGUUGACAUCAAUGGCUGGUUCUGGUCUGCCUCCAACAAGAAAAUGCGGCCGACCAAUCACAGGAGUUCGGCUAAUGAUUGGUCGUUCACGGGAGGGUACGGACGACCUCAGCCUGACAACCGGGAACGGAGCUUAGGAGGGGACAACGAGUCGUGUUUGGCCGUUCUUAACAACCACUACAAUGACGGCGUGCGUUGGCAUGACGUGGCUUGUCAUCACCGGAAGAACUGGGUUUGCGAGGACUCCGAUGAGCUCCUCGCCUUCGUCAGGAGGAAUAACCCGUAUAUUCGGUUGUAG